AUAAGGCAAAUGCUGAGCAACUUUAGUCAGAUUUUAUAUCAAUUAGGCUGACGAGGGACCCUUCUCUCUUAGGCUUAUGCUUUAAGCAAAAUACCUAUGAAGUGUCACCAUUUUCAUCAACUGCUGUGAACACCCUGGCAGGUCUCAAAGACAUCACAAUCCGUACUCAUAUGUUUUUCGUUAUGUGCAUGUGAAUAUCAUCAUCAUCAUGGGCUUGGUGUUUUGAACAUGGGGAAUGAAAUGGGGAACAACAACACUUCCGGUUUGCGAGAAGAAGAUAACACGGUCCAGGGUAAACAUGUGCAAGGAUUUGAUCACGCUGAUGAUUUGAAGGAACCGGAUCGUGUAGUUCCUGCAACAGAAGACAAAGAAGAAGUUGACAUGAAAACUGAAGGAGAGAAAUCUAUGGAAGAUGCUGGUCGAAAGGACUACGGAAAGGAACAAGAUCAUGAAGUUGUUGCAUCUGAAGAUAUACAUGUAAAUGGAAAAGAUGAAAAAGAAGAGGUAAAAGGACAAGAUCAUUUAGUUCCUGCAGCUGAGGAUAAAAAUACUUGGGGAAAUGAGAUGGAACCGGCUUAUCUUGAACUGGAUGGCCUAGCAUCUUCUCGUAUUGAAGAUAUGGAGAACGAUUGUAAAGCACAAGCUACUAGCACAAUCCUUGAAGUAGAGGAAUUGCCUUUGAAAGAAGCUGCUAGUACAGAUGAAACAGAUGCUGGAGCUAGCCUAGUUCCUGCAGGUGGAGAUGAAAGUACUCAUGGGACCAAGACAGAGUUGGUUUUCAGUGGUCUCGAUGGAACGGAAUAUCCACGUGUUGACAAGCAGAAACAUGAUGAGAAAGAAAAAGAUAUUACCAUAAAAGAUGAGGCCGAGGAACAAUCUUCACCAGAAGAAGAAGAGGCAAAUGGACAAGAUCAUUUAGUUCCUGCAGCUGAGGAUAAAAGUACUUGGGGAAAUGAGACGGAAUCGGCUUCUCUUAAACAUGAUGGCCUAGCAUCUCCUCGUAUCGAGUACCCAACACACAAUAAGAAAGAACAAGAUACUAGCACAUUUCUUGAAGUAGAGGAAAUACCUUUGAAAGAAGAUGCUAGUACAGAUGAAAUAAAUGCAGAAGCUCGCCCAGUUCCCGCAGGUGGAGACGGAAGCAAGACAGGGCUGGUUUUAGUUGAUUGUGAUGGAAUGGUUCAUCCGUGUAUUGACAAGCCGAAACCUGACAAAAAAGGAGAGGAUAUGAACAUAAAUGAUGAAAUCGUGGAGCGAUCCUCACAAGAAGCUGGUAGCACAGAUGUAAUGGAUAGACAAGGUCAAUUACUUGCUGUAGUUGAAGAUAAAGCUACUUAUGCAAAUGAAACAUGCUUAGUUUCCAGUGAUCCCGAGGGAACUGCAGAUCUUCACGGUGACAAUCCUAAAGACCAUGAGAAAGAAGAAGAUAAUAACAUGGUUCCAGUAGAUAAGGAAGAUUCAAUGAAAGAAACUGGUUAUGCAGAAAAGGAAAAAGGACAAGAUCAUUUAUUUCCUGCAGCUGAGGAUAACAAUGCUCGGGGAAAUGAGGCGGAAUCGUAUUCUCUUGAACAUGAUGGCCUAGCAUCUCACCGUAUCGAUGACCCGACACACAAUAAGAAAGAACAAGAUACUAGCACAUUUCUUGAAGUAGAGGAAAUACCUUUGAAAGAAGAUGCUAGUACAGAUGAAAUAAAUGCAGAAGCUCGCCCAGUUCCCGCAGGUGGAGACGGAAGUACUCAUGGAAGCAAGACAGGGCUGGUUUUAGGUGAUUGUGAAGGAAUGGUUCAUCCAUGUAUUGACAAGCCGAAACCUGACAAAAAAGGAGGGGAUAUGAACAUAAAUGAUGAAAUCGUGGAGCGAUCCUCACAAGAAGCUGGUAGCACAGAUGUAAUGGAUAGACAAGGUCAAUUACUUGCUGUAGUUGAAGAUAAAGCUACUUAUGCAAAUGAAACAUGCUUAGUUUCCAGUGAUCCCGAGGGAACUGCAGAUCUUCACGGUGUCAAUCCUAAAGACCAUGAGAAAGAAGAAGAUAAUAACAUGAUUCCAGUAGAUAAGGAAGAUUCCAUGAAAGAAACUGGUUAUGCAGAAAAGGAAAAAGGACAAGAUCAUUUAUUUCCUGCAGCUGAGGAUAACAAUGCUCGGGGAAAUGAGGCGGAAUCGGAUUCUCUUGAACAUGAUGGCCUAGCAUCUCACCGUAUCGAUGACCCGACACACAAUAAGAAAGAACAAGAUACUAGCACAUUUCUUGAAGUAGAGGAAAUACCUUUGAAAGAAGAUGCUAGUACAGAUGAAAUAAAUGCAGAAGCUCGCCCAGUUCCCGCAGGUGGAGACGGAAGUACUCAUGGAAGCAAGACAGGGCUGGUUUUAGGUGAUUGUGAAGGAAUGGUUCAUCCAUGUAUUGACAAGCCGAAACCUGACCAGAAAGGAGGGGAUAUGAACAUAAAUGAUGAAAUCGUGGAGCGAUCCUCACAAGAAGCUGGUAGCACAGAUGUAAUGGAUAGACAAGGUCAAUUACUUGCUGUAGUUGAAGAUAAAGCUACUUAUGCAAAUGAAACAUGCUUAGUUUCCAGUGAUCCCGAGGGAACUGCAGAUCUUCACAGUGUCAAUCCUAAAGACCAUGAGAAAGAAGAAGAUAAUAACAUGAUUCCAGUAGAUAAGGAAGAUUCCAUGAAAGAAACUGGUUAUGCAGAAAAGGAAAAAGGACAAGAUCAUUUAUUUCCUGCAGCUGAGGAUAACAAUGCUCGGGGAAAUGAGGCGGAAUCGGCUUCUCUUGAACAUAAUGGCCUAGCAUCUCCCCGUAUCAAGGACCCGACACACAAUGAGAAAGAACAACAUACUAGCACAAUUCUUGAAGUAGAGGAAUUGCCCUUGAAAGAAGGUGCUAGUACGGAUGAAACAAAUAUGGAAGGUCUCCUAGUUCCUGCAGGUGGAGAUGAAAGUAGUCAUGGAACCGAGACAGGGAUAUUUUCGAGUGAUCCCCUUGGAACCGUCGAUCUUCAAGGUGACAAUCCGAAAGAGCAUGAGAAAGAAGUGAGCAAUACAAGUGCUGAACCACAAGAGAAACCUAUGGCAAAAGAUGAUACUGAAGGGAAAAAUCUAACAAUUCCAGCAGCUGAAGAUGAAGAUUGUAAUAACAUAGAGGCCGAAUCUGCUUCCGGUGACCUUGUGAUUGUAGAUGAUACUCUUGAUAACCAGACAUUGGAAGGGCAAGAACAAGGAAAAACUGAACUUGAUCCUCCAGCUGAGUCUACAGAAGCUGAUGCAAAACCAAGUGAAGUAGUUGAGGGCAGCGAAACCCAACCAGUUUUUUCAUCGAAGAACCUGGAAGAUCAUGAGAUGCAAAAAGAAUCGAAUUUCGGGGAGGUUCUGUCUGGAAGAACUCACGAUGUUGAGGAUGAGAAUCCCAUGAAGGAAGCUGAAGAUGAGGGGGCUAGCAAUUCAUUAUCUGAUCAAGAAUCUUCUACAUCAGGUGAUUCUGUGCCUCGAGAAUCGGUAGUAGUUAUAGAACCCGAAGAGCAUGAAUCAACCGAAAUCGGUGCUGAACAAAUGGUGUUACAGUGCAAUGGGCCACUGAAGAGUAAGGAUAGGUUCAUACCAUCUUUAACAUGCCAAGAUCAGGAAAAUGGUUUUGUUUCAGAUUAUAGCACUUCAACUGAUCCGGUUGUGAGGGUUUUUGCCGACCAAAGUCCGGAGAUAGAAAUGGAAACAGAUGAACCUGGGAAUGAUUUAGGAAGUAUGACUACAGUAAUGACCAAUUUGCCUAUGGGAGGUGGAGCCAAAUGCAUUGGAGAGUUGCCAACUGAGAUGAACUCAACUAAAAAUGAUUCCCCUGAACCACAGAUUGAAGUUAUCCUUUUAGAUGAGACACAGAACAUCCAGGCCGAAGUUUCUGAAUCCGAAGACAAAGGCAUAGUUCUUAGUCAAAAAGCCGCAUUGAUAGAGGACGCGAUAGAGAAAUCGAACGGAAAGGGAUCUGAGGAAGGAUCAAAAGCUGAUGAUCCAAGUGAAUUCUCACCUCAAUAUAUGAUGAAUGACCAGGCACAGAUUCUCGAGAAUGGUCAUCCAGUUGAUGCAUCUAUUAACAACCAGAAAGAACAACAAAAGGACUCGCAACAAGAAGUUCAACUGGUCACUGAUUCUGCAUACACAUUUCCCAUGGAUCAAAUGCACAAAGAAGAAGAAACAGAAGAGAAGAAAAUUAUAGAAGAAAUGGUUGGCAAAAACAAAGAUUCAAAUCCCAUUGAAAAUGGUGCACCAAGAGGAAAAAAUGGAGACUCAUAUGUUCCAUUGACACUAUCAGAGACUAAAGCUAUUGCCAAUGGUGAUCAUCAUAACCAACCAGAAAGUGUGGGAAGGCUCAGCAUGGAAUCGAAUUCGGAUAACACGACCAUGCGUAAGUCGCCGAGCUUCGAUCUCGAUCUCAGAAUCAAUGUAAGAGCCGAAGACUCGGAUCAAACACCAUUGCUGUACCAAGACAAGACCACCAUCGACAGCUUCUCAAGCCAACUCGAGGUUACGGAUCAUGGAAAACCAGUGGCCGACGCCGAGAAAAGUGAAACCCCAUCACUGUAUGAAUCAAUGGCAGCACAUGAGAAAGGUGUUACACUAGAAAGAAGCGAUUCCGAGAAGUCGAAAACCCCACUCCUUGGCUUCUUGAAAGAAGACGAAGAAGCUGAGAACAACAACAACAACAUGUUAAUGAAUCCAAUUAAACAAAACAACCAAUCUGCAACAAAGGAGACAACAACAUCAAAGGUUUCUAUUUCAGUUAAGGCUGUCACAUCUGGUACAACAAAAGGUAAAGUUAAACGCAAGCCUAGAGCUUCUCUCUUCGGCACCUGCAUGUGUUGUGCAACUGUGAUGAAUUAAACACACAAUUGAAGCUGGCCUUUUGUUUAACUUUCUUGUGUUAACAGUUUCAUUGUCCCUGUAUUUAUUUUGUUUUUGGUUGUGUUGGGUUUAUUUACUUAAAUUUAUUCGAUUGAAGCUUUCAAAAUGGAGUUUGUGAGCUGUGAAU